AGCCCAUCGACGUUCGGUGGGCAGUCGGCCGUUGCUUGUCAGUAGAGCGGAGCAGUGGUGCAGUCAUUCUACCUACUAUCAAUUUGCAAGUCUCUCGUUUUACCAAAUUUGUCUAGGCACCCCAGCCUGGAUUGUUCGGCUUGUUGAUGUGUUUGCCAAACUGAAAAACCAUUUACGAAACGUCCGCAGUGUACCUUCUCCGCGGCCGCUGUCCAUUCCAUGCUAUUUUGAUCUUUGCUGCUUCGCAAAAAACGAUCAAGCACCGUUGCACAUGGCAACGUCAGCAAUAUAUAUUCUCGACUUGAAGGGGAAAUCGCUGAUUUGCCGGAACUAUCGUGGUGAUAUCGAGAAUAAUGCAAUUGAAAAAUUUCUUCCUCUCCUCAUGGAUCGAGAGGAAGAAAGUUACUCGACACCGAUCAUUCGGCAAGGGGAAGUGACGUUUGUUUACAUCAAGCACAACAAUCUCUACCUCGUGUCACUGUCGAAGAAUAAUUCAAAUGUUGCGCUCAUAUUCUCGUUUCUGCACAAAAUGGUGCAGGUGUUCAGUGAAUACUUCAAAGAGCUUGAAGAGGAGUCAAUUCGGGACAAUUUUGUCAUUAUCUACGAACUACUCGAUGAAUUGAUGGAUUUUGGUUACCCACAAACUACGGACUCGAAGAUCCUUCAAGAGUUCAUUACCCAGGAGUCUCAUAAGAUGGAAAUCGCACCAAAGUUGCCUAUGGCGGUGACGAACGCAGUGUCAUGGCGAUCCGAGGGCCUAAAAUAUCGCAAAAACGAGGUGUUUCUUGAUGUCAUCGAAAGCGUCAACUUACUCGCCAAUUCUAACGGGACAGUACUUAGGUCUGAAAUUGUGGGAUGCAUUAAGAUGCGCGUCUAUUUAUCAGGAAUGCCUGAACUACGCCUUGGGUUAAACGAUAAAGUCCUCUUCGAAAGUACCGGCCGAGGCAAAAGUAAAAGUGUUGAGCUUGAAGACGUCAAGUUCCACCAAUGCGUCCGCCUGUCGCGGUUUGAGAACGACAGGACAAUCUCAUUUAUUCCGCCCGAUGGUGAAUUCGAAUUGAUGAGCUAUCGUUUAAAUACCCAUGUCAAGCCGCUCAUCUGGAUUGAGAGUGUCAUUGAACGACACGCGCAUAGUCGAGUCGAGUAUAUGGUAAAAGCCCGCUCUCAGUUUAAGCGCCGCUCGACAGCUAACAAUGUUGAAAUUAUUGUCCCAGUACCUAUGGAUGCUGAUAGCCCAAAGUUUAAGACAACAAUCGGUAGCUGCAAAUAUGCUCCCGAACGUAGCGCCUGCAUAUGGACUAUUAAAAGCUUUCCGGGUGGUAAGGAAUACUUGAUGAGGGCGCACUUUAGCCUGCCGUCAGUCGAGAGUGAAGAAGUCGAAGCCAAAGCCCCCAUUGAGGUGAAAUUCGAAAUUCCGUAUUUCACAACGUCCGGUAUUCAAGUCAGAUAUUUGAAAAUUAUUGAAAAAUCCGGCUAUCAGGCUCUGCCAUGGGUAAGGUACAUUACACAAAAUGGAGACUAUCAACUUCGGACGAAUUGAAGGACCACAAAGCACCAGCAGGAUUUUCCAGUUACGUUUGAGUACGCCUAACCUGUUUCCGUGGGAAAACGUUUUAGGCUUAUCAAAAACAAUUUUUAGGCGAAUGUGUAUGAAUAUAUAGAGAGACCUAUUUUCGUGUGAGUCCAAGGAUGUGUCUGUUAGAGAGUUCAACUGGCAAGACAACAAUUGCAGCAGCUUGCAGAAGUUUGAGCAGGGUGACAAGGCUAAACGGCUUCAGGCGAUAACGCCGAAGAAUUAGUUAGCAGAGACAAUGUUUAUCGGUGAUUUAGGGAGUGGCGACUUGUAGGGCGAAGUAUUUUGUUACGGGAAGUGUAGUCGUAACAAGUAAUCUAGUGAAUGAGUCUUUUCAAAUAUCUUAAAUCUUCAUUCGAUUGUAGAAAUUACGAAGAAGACGACCGAAGAUUGUAUAUUUAGCCGCUUGCAUUUGUGGAUCUCUUCAAAUUUCUCUGGUACCUAUUGCAAUAAGUAGAUGUUUGCUUAAUAACGCGUUUAUUCAUUCAAUGUAAAUUAGCUGAAGCUGUAACCUAGAAUGGCAAGAACAAUAAUUUUCAAUUUGCGUGGAGUCGCUCGUAAAGUAAAUAGGAGAUCACUAACCUAAAGGUAGGUUAUGUUUGCCUUAACCUAUCAUCAUUUUCCGCCAGAAAUUAUUUAACGUAUUUAAACGUAAAUAACUGUAUCAUUUGUUUUAUUUUUGCAAUCGUGAUAGAUGACACAGACAUAUAUCCAUCUUUCUAUAUAAAUUAGUGUGUAGACAUUAGAUCGAACUACAGACGCGUUUUUUUUACUUCAGUGCUGAAUAUUAUGGGUUUGUGGCAAUAUUAAGAUAAUAACCGUAGAUGUGUUAAGCUAACCGGCGAUAAGCAAAUGUUUUAGAAUAGAUAGUCUAACAUUGCCGAGACGUAAACUUAUUAGGUGUCCUAAAGUGUACCACGCAAAUAAGGUGGUAAGGUGGUUAUAAUCCUCCACAGAUUUCUCGUUCCAAAGACUCCUCAUAUAUCGUGUGGAUGGCUUCGAUUGGUAGGCAGACUACAGUGGCGCCAACCUUCAUCAGAAAGUCGUUCUUGGAAGGGAAGGGUGAUUUCACAUAGAGCAACUGAAAUAAAAAUAAGUUAAAAGUUCAAACAACA